GUCUAGUAGACCCUCCCUACUCCAGUACCUCAGUGUUCAUGUAACCCUCUGAGUGGGCAUCAAUGCCCUUUCUUUAGUAGGCAGAAACAAGGAUAUCAUCCUCCCUUCUAUCCUCAGUGACACACUCACACUCUUUCUCUGAGCUACUGGAAGAACCAAGAUUGUGUCUGGACAUCCCCGUGGAUGCCAGGCUUGUACCCACAACGACCCAGACUUACAAAUCUAAGUGAAUAAAGUGCUGACCUGAAGGAAGGAAGACCUGAGUUCAGAUUUGACCUUAGACACUUGUGAACUCCUUGAGGGAAGGAACUGCCUUUGCCUUUCAUUGUAUCCUCAAGAUUUUAGCUCGGAUUCUGGCACAUACUAAGAGCUUUGUAAUGAGUCUUGUUGGAUUUUGGUUCAGAAGAUGUUUCUCAGGAUUUCAUCCCAGAAUCUCUAUGGCUUUUUCUUCAGGAUCUUGGGGGCCCCUUCUAAACUCUGUAAGCAGAGCACAAAGCCAGCGCUAUUUCAGCACCACGGGGGCCCUUGGGGCAAUACAGAAGAUGACCCGAGUGCGAGUGGUAGACAAUAGUGCCCUGGGGAACACGUCCUACCACCGCCCCCCUCGAUGCAUCCAUGUUUACAAUAAGACGGGAGUGGGCAAGGUGGGAGACCGGAUCCUGCUGGCCAUCAAGGGGCAGAAGAAGAAGGCCCUCAUUGUGGGGCACCGAAUGCCUGGGCCCAGAAUGACACCCAGGUUUGAUUCAAACAAUGUGGUCCUCAUCGAGGACAACGGGAACCCCGUGGGCACCCGCAUCAAAGUACCCAUCCCAACGAGUCUCCGGCGGCUGGAAGGCGAGUAUUCCAAAGUGCUCGCUAUUGCCCAGACCUUCGUGUGAGAGGCCGGGCCGGGCUGCAGGAGGCAGACGGUUUACAGAGCAGUCCUUCAUGCACACUAGCACUUGGGGGAAGAGGAUGAUUUCCCCGUCCAUCCCCUCUGCCCCCAGUAGGGAAGGAGAACCAAACUCUGUGAAGUAAUAAAAAUAUUUUAUGUGUA